AUGGCCCAAUACGGUCUACUAGAAGUAUAUAAUGGGGAAAAUGCGCAAGCCGAUGUGGUUUUCUUGCAUGGAUUACGGGGGGGUCGAGAAAAGACCUGGACAAAGAAUGGAGUAGUCUGGCCAAAGGAUCUGUUGCCUGGUGAUAUCCCAGCAUCUCGCAUCUUUCUCUUUGGUUAUGACACCAAUAUCACUAGUACCGACCAGUCGGGUGCUACCAGGACUGAGAUCCAUAGUGAUGCCGAAGACGUGUGCGCGAAGCUGGCUGCAGAACGCCAAGGUACCCAAACGGUUGACCGACCCAUAAUCUUCGUCGCUCACAGCCUCGGCGGUCUGGUUGCUGCUCAAAUUCUGGUUCAUGGGGAGCAUAAACCCGAGAACUCAGCAGAAGCUUCAAUCGCCAGAAAUGUCCGCGGGAUGGUAUUCUUGGGAACGCCGUUCCGAGGAUCAUCAGUGGCUAAGUUCGCUGAAGUUGUACGCAGAGUUCUUGGCCUUUUCAAGGUUGACACACAGCAGCAAACUUUGAAACUGCUUGGUGUUGACUCCGAGCGCCUAGAUGAGCUCACGAGAGCAUUCCCGCAGGUUCUUAAUAAGCGCAUAUCAUCCAAAGACAUCGAUCACCGGAUCGAAGUCUUUUUCUUCUAUGAGACUCUAAAGACAAGAUGGGGUAUAGGAUCGGUUCAGAUCGUUGAAACUGAGUCUGCUCAACUUCAUGGAUGUGGUGAUGCCGCGCCUAUUCGCGCUGAUCAUAUUGGUAUCUGCAAGUUCGAGACGAAGGACGCUGACGGCUAUGCUACUAUUGUGGCGGCUAUUCGGAAAUCCAUGAUGCCACCAGGCGCAUCCCCAUCACAUGGUGACCGAAUUAUCAAUAUACUUGGGAAGGCUGUAAAUGUCGCUAACGACAGCAUCAGUAUUGGGAGUCAAGUGAACUACCUCUAG